AUUCCGUCUAACCGUCGUCACUCUUGGCUCAUAACACAACACAGCUACCAGUCAGUCCCAAAGGCACUCCGAAACGACUGAUUGGUGAACAAUUUUUUCAGUUACUCAAAUCCCUUCUGCCCUUUAUCCCCCCCCACCACCCCCUUCUUCAAUGGAUUCCUCGCAUCCAAAAACUAUAAUCAAUCCACUUCUACAGCUACAUUACACCUUAUCUACAGAUAGGGUUAGGGUUUUGGCAACCAAAUCCCCCCCCCUCUCUCUCUCUCUCAUCUCCAGAUGGAAGAACCAGAUCGGAAUUUCUCGGCCGAAGCUUCUUCUUCGUCGAGUAGGGAGUAUUCCGGUCGUGCUACGGCGUCGUCUUCCUCUUAUCCGGUGGCGGAAGAGGCGGAGGAGGACCACGACUCGCAGUUCGUUCAGCCGCACGCGGGGGUUUCUUAUCAAGUCGAUUACGCAACGGCAGAAGACGAGGCGAUAUCGAGGUUUAUCAGAGAGGAUUCCUGGUCUUGCAUCGUCGUUGUCCUCACCUUUUGGUUCUUUGUUUCAGUGACAUUGAUUUUGGGGGUAUACGGUUCAGUGAAUCUACAACUUGGCCCUAAUAGCUCAGUUCUCAUUACUCCGAAUCCACUAUUUGUGGAGUAUAUAAAGGUAGAGCAAUUAGAUGAGGCAAAUACUGGGCCUACUCUAUAUGGACUUUACGAGGAUCCACCUUGCGAUGUUGUAACUACUUGGUCUCAAACUCGCAGAACCUCUCUCCCAGCCGGUCUUCACAAGGAAUGGAUAUACGUAUUAAAUGAAGGUUCUCAAAUAAAUAUUUCGUACAGUGUGAACUCCACGAGUUUAUCUUCUCUAAUUCUUAUAAUUGCCCAAGGGAGUGAAGGCUUUGCUCAAUGGCUUGAGGACCCAUCGUAUCCCAAUACCACCUUAUCAUGGAACAUUAUUCAUGGAAGUGGUUUAAUCCAGCAGGACAUUUCGUGGUCUUCCAGUUACUAUGUUGCAGUGGGUAACAGGAACUCGGAGGAAGUCGAGGUGCAAUUAAACCUCACAGUGACGUCUCUCCUGUAUAAUACGACUAGCGCGUAUUACAAUUGUGCUGUGGCUCAAGGUGCAUGCAGUUUGAAAAUGUUUUUCCCCAAUGGAAAUUCUGCUGUCUUAACUUCUCCAGGUCCAGAACAGGCUACAACUAGUCAGAUGUGGUAUGUUAAACUGUCCUAUGGGCCUCGAUGGAUCACAUAUAUUGUUGGCAUAGGUGGAAUGACCAUCCUCAUGUUAUUGGGCUUCCACUUUUUGAACAAUUUCCAAUGUUCCCGUGAAGAAAGAACCAGUUUUCAAUUUGGAGAGAUGAGAUCAGAGAGAGCCCCUCUUCUUUCACAAAAAGAUGAUGAUUUGUCAAGUUGGGGUUCAUCUUAUGAUUCUGUCUCACAAGAUGAUGAAGAUCUUGAAGAUGGGAUGACAGCUGAUUCACUCGAGGGUAAGCCACUAAAAGAUGGUGAAUACAAUAACAAUAUCCGGCGUCUAUGUGCAAUUUGCUUUGAUGCUCCUAGGGACUGCUUCUUCCUUCCGUGUGGGCACUGUGUGGCUUGUUUUGCAUGUGGUACAAGGUAUCUGCUUUUCUUGCUAAUCUUUAUAAUGCUCCUUUUACCAUAUUUUGGUUCGCACGUGAUAGUCAAGCUGCUUUGUGACAUUCUGAAAUUGAAUCUAUUGGGACACAACCUGGGGUAGUUUACUCAAUAGAUAGACUUGGCAGAUAUUGGGGGGUAAAUGGAAUUAUACAACAAGAUGGCUUGUGGAAAAGCAUGUUCUUGUAAUAAACAAAAAUAUUAAGAUACUGACGCAAGAACGAUUUUUCUCAUGCUAUGUUGCCAAUAAAUUUGUUUUUAGUCCUUCCUAUUUAACCAUAUCUACUCCAGCUAAAAAUGCUUGUUUUAGGUGGGAUUUCCUUUCCUCCACACUGUUUAUGGGAUAUUAAGGCCAUUAAGGCUGUUUUCUGGGUCAUGACUUUGUGCAGAGGAAAAAAGGCUCGGAAGAAGAUAGAAAAAGGAAUUCCAGUAGCAGCUAAAAUUUUCUCUUUUCUUCGGAUUAGGACAAUGGUGCAUAUUCAACCAAAAGAAAGUAAAGAAAAAAACUAUCCAUUCAUUUCUUAAGCCUUAAAACAUUAAUUUGUGCAAGUAACCCUAUUUCCCUUUGGCCUUUCCUUUUCUUUUUUUCGCUUGACAAUCCAAGAUCCAAACUAGGCAAGGGGGUGCAUGACAAGAUUCAUGAACAUACCUCCAAGUUCCAUUGAAAAGUUCAAACUUGAUUCAGUUUUUGAUUGGCGUAAUCAAAGUAAUCACGGACAAAUGAUGACAUGAUUUUGAAUUGUUUAUGUUCUAUAAUUAAGUAAAAUUAGAAGGUGCUAGAGUCUAGUGACUCAUGAAUCAUGGUGAUUUAAAUGGCUUAAAUUGGCACCCUCCAAAUUGCAAUUAAAUUGCACCGAGCAUUUCAUAACCUUGGGAAGUUGCUCCAUUGGUACCUUUACUAGGUCCUACAGGAAAAUGACAACUUUUGAUUUGCAGGAUUGCAGAGUUAGCAGGUACUUGCCCUAUCUGUCGUAGGAACAUGAAGAAGGUGAGGAGGAUAUUUACAGUUUGAGCAAAAAUACAGAAUUUUCCAUGACCGCUGUUCGGUUCUGAUGACGAUUGAUUAAUGUCUCUCAUGCUGGUAAUAUUAGGAUUGAUCAACUAGUGACAGAAACACUAUUGAAAAUUGAGGGCCAAGGCAUUCUAUUUUUUGUUUCUGCUGGCCAAGGCAUUAUAUAUGUUACUACAGUUUGGUACAGGAAAGGAUAUUCCAUACUUCACCUAUAUACACCAAGUGCUUGAACUCAUCUAUUUCAAUUCUUUGUUGUAAUUUCUAGAUCAACCCUUCUGGUGGUUUUGAUUAGGAAGAUGAUGGUGAUGUACGUCUUCCUUAAUUGACUCGAAAGCUUGUCUAAAAUUGCAGAUUCUCUUAAUUAGGGUAAUGAUUCAUAUUUGUGAUC